AUUCCGAAGUUUCCAUCAGUUGUCUAACAAACAUCUAAAAAUUCAUCUCAGUUACCUUCUAAAAAAACAGAAAUAAAUAUGUCAUCCCGUUGCGUAGUUGUCCUCAGUGUCCUGGUCGUCCUUGCCCAGGGAUCGCAUAUUUCGCCAGUGGAGCCGGAGUCUCCCGUGGAAGCCCAUUCUGCCGGAGGUGUUGCGUCGGGAGCUGCAAUUAGUUUUCCCGAAGUGCGACCUGCCCCCGGAUCGCAGGCGCAACCUUCAGCUCCACGUCCCGUGUCUGCUCCUCGUCCUGUGAUUGCCCCUCGUCCUGUGGCAGCUCCUCGUCUCGUUGCUGCUUCUGCUCGUCGCCAGGCAGGAUCUCAUUCUCGACCAGCUGUUAUUGUCAACGUUGGUCGUCCCAUUGGCGGAGGAGUUGGCCAUGCCCAGAGUCGCAAUCGCGUCCAGAAACCUUACUAAAUGAAAUAGUAAAAUGAGACACCUCACUUUUCCUGAGACAUGUCAGAUUUGUUCAUUCAAUAAAACGCACUUGCCAAAUUAAA